ACAGGGGAUGCCAGGGUCGGAAUGGGAUGCUCACCGAGAAAAGAGACGUCUGAAGUCUGGUGUCUUUUCCCUCAAAGCGGUGUAGAUUGACGGGUGGGGAGGCUGAAGACCACGCCUGGAUGGAAGAUAAGGGGUAGGUAGACCUGAAACUCUGCCCUUUGGGUAGGUCACCGCUUUGGGACAUGGGGCCUUCGCUCUGGUAUAGGCGUUCUCUCUAGUCCCAUUGGAACCAACCCUCAAGGACAACUUUUCCGUUCUGCAGGAUAAAAGAGGGGUGUGGCACACAAUAAUUCUUACUGUCAAAGGGGGAGCCCUGGCUCCAAAGAGGAGAGGAGGAAGAAAGAAAGGUCAGGGUGGAGGUGGGAUAGACACAGACCCUCACAGAAGCAAACCUGAGCUUUACUAAAACUUGCUCUGUGUCAGGAACUGAUUUUGAGGAUGCAAACAUGACUGAAGCAAGGAUGGGAGGACUACUUAAAGGGAGGGGACUGUAAAUGAAAUUAUUCACAAGAAUUAGCAAAUCCUGGAGAAAUCUGUACACUGGGUGUUUGGAAUAUUGGUAGAGUUUCAAGAGUAUUAUUGGGAAAACACACAAAAUCUGACUGUCACAGGUAAAGAGGGGCAGAUGUGGCCACCUUCUACCUCCUCGGAUACUUUCCUCUUCCCCUCUGCCUGACUCAAACUUUUCUUUUUUUUUUUUUUUUUUAAUUGUUAAGAAAUGUUUACUUACUUAUUUUGAGACAGAGAGAGAGCCCGCGAGCGCACAAACACGGGGGCGUGGCAGAGAGAAAAUCCCAAGCGGGCUCCAAACUGUCAAUGUGGGGCUCCAACUCCCCAACCGUGAGAUCAUGACCUGAGCCAAAAUCAAGAGUCCCACGCUUAACCGGCAGCCACCUAGGCUCCCCUUGACUUUUUCUAACACCAAAUCACUGUUACUGAUAAACUACAUCCCCUCUCUGGACCCAAAUUUCUACAGAUGUUGUUGGAAGGACUUGAACCAAAUUCUGCUCUAGAACGUUCUAGAACUUCGCUUUACUCUCCAAAUCAACCUAAUUAUAUUCACUUCAGUUUUCAGUGUUACUGUCUCCUGCAACUACGAUCCUCUUUCCUCAAGAUGGAAAGCGCUCAGGACCAAACGCAAGCGGCAGCUGGCUGCACCAUCUACCAUCCACCCGCAGCAGCAAAUAAACACGUGUCUCCAAAACACUACAACUCCCAAGAAGCUAUAGUGUCUUUCGAGGGAAGAGGUGGAGCACGCUUAAUCACUCUGGGGAGGAAACUAAACCUAACUACCAUUCCCGGCGGUCUCCGCGCCAUAGAUUAUCCAAUGAGCUUUAAAUGAAAAGUAUCGCGAUCCUUCCGUGAGACUUGGCUCUAUAAGCCCCUGGAAACAAGCCUCGGAAAUCCUUUUCACGAAGAUGGCGCCGAAGGCGAAGAAGGAAGCCCCUGCCCCUCCCAAAGCCGAAGCCAAAGCAAAGGCCUUGAAGGCCAAGAAAGCAGUGCUGAAAGGCGUCCACAGUCAUAAAAAAAAGAAGAUCCGUACGUCACCUACAUUCCGACGGCCCAAGACACUGCGUCUCCGAAGACAGCCCAAAUAUCCUCGAAAGAGCGCCCCCAGGAGAAACAAGCUUGACCACUAUGCCAUCAUCAAGUUCCCCCUGACUACAGAGUCGGCCAUGAAGAAAAUAGAAGACAACAACACUCUUGUGUUCAUUGUGGAUGUCAAGGCCAACAAGCACCAGAUCAAACAGGCCGUGAAGAAACUCUAUGACAUUGAUGUGGCCAAGGUCAACACUCUGAUCAGGCCCGAUGGAGAAAAGAAAGCAUAUGUUCGACUGGCUCCUGACUAUGAUGCUUUGGAUGUUGCCAACAAAAUUGGGAUCAUCUAAACUGAGUCCAGCUGGCUAAAUCUAAAUAUAAAUUUUUUCAACAUA